AGUAAGAGAGAGAGAGAGAGAGAGGAAGGGGAAGGGGGCGGUUUCCGUGAGGCGCCCGUGGUCGCCGCCAUCAUCGUCUUCGUCAUGGCCCACAAGCAGAUCUACUACUCGGACAAGUACUUCGACGAGAACUACGAGUACCGGCAUGUGAUGUUGCCAAGAGAGCUGUCGAAGCAAGUACCAAAAACUCAUCUAAUGACUGAAGAAGAAUGGAGAAGACUUGGUGUUCAGCAAAGCCUUGGCUGGGUCCACUACAUGAUUCAUGAACCAGAACCACACAUCCUUCUAUUUAGAAGACCACUUCCAAAAGGCCAGCAGAAAUGAACAGCCUCUCUAAACUUCUGGAACUUUAUGUAUAAAUGUAUAUAUGUUGGUAGUAUUCAGUGAAUACUUAAGAAAAAUAUACAAACAAGUCAUUACCUGUGCAUGAGCUGUAUUAUUCACAGCAACAGAGCUCAGUAAAAUGCAAAGUAGGCUGCUAUGGUCUUGAAUUCUCACAUAACAAGUUAACAAGUGCCUAUUUGAUUUUUUCAGUUUUGUUCAAUAAAGUUCACAACUUUCAUGUAAUGUGUUGAUUAUAAAAAUCUUCAAAGAUCUGUGCCUUUUUAUUCUUAGUAAUGAAGCUUCUUCCAACUGUCGAAGCAAUUCAUCCUGUGGCUUUUCAGCUGCUGAAAUAAACAUAUUUUUAAUGCUAAA